AAGAGAACCCACUGCCGACUUUACUCCGCUGACAGAAAUAGCAUGCAUUCUUCCACGCAUAAUAGAAGAGUUAAUAAAACCGGUCGCCGUCUCUGACUUUCGUUAAGUUUGUUACUUGUGAGGAUCCGUAUCUGACAAAACUUUAUUAACAGCAUAUGAUUUCAGACACUUCAAGCAAGGCUUUACGUGAGUAAGUAGUAAAAAGAUUCCGCGAUGGCGGGAAACAUAAAGGAUAAGGAGGCGUUGCAGAGGAUCAACUUCCUUUAUCAGGCGGCACACUGUGUCCUGGCCCACAAUCCGGAAAACGUGGAGCUGGCCCGGUUCUACUGUUUCACACAGAGGACUAUAUCCAGGCGCUUGGUGUUAAGACAAGAUCCAUCCGUGAAAAGGACAAUAUGUAAGAAGUGCUGCUCCCUACUGGUGCCUGGAAUGACUGCAACGGUGCGACAGAGACGAUAUGGUCGGAAGCACAGGGCGACUGUGACCCGUUGCCUAAGCUGUGGGCACUCAAAAAGGCUGCUGAACAAUCCCGAGCAUCGGCUUUGGGUCGACCAACCGGAGGCCCAGCUGGAAAACCAGGCCCAACCAGAACGAAAGACUGUUGCCAAAGGACCUGAGUCUUCUGUCUCCCAGAGUGGUCCACCUGCAGUAGGACCCAGUGCCAUCCCCACUUCCUCCCAAAGAGGGCACUGUGGCCCUUAAGUCUCUUUGAUGGCCCACUCCAAGAAAGCUGGCUUAACUCAACCAAAGUCCGGCCCCAGCUUUAGAUUUAACCUUCUGCUCCAUCUUGCGGGGUUUGCAUGCAGUCUGUCCACAAUGGCUCUACACUGUUACAGUGAGGCUGCUAGAAAACUGGAAGUACAAUGGAAACCAUGAGUUUGGUUCUUUAGCGAUGUGAUAGCUGGUCAUAGGUCAUGUUCCACUCUGUAGGUUUGGUGAGAUGUGCGUGCCAACAUUCUUUAGGAAAUAAGUGGAUUUGGAAGGAGAUGCUUUUGCUGGAAGUCUGAGCAAAAGUUGACUAGUAAAUGUUUUAAUUUCUAUCAGUGUACAGGUUGAUUAGUUCUGCUGCCAGUGUGGAUGUCUUACUCCCACUCACAGGUGUGCAGGCUGGGUCUAAAAUAUAGUAGAGAUUGGCUAACACUAGAUCGGGUCUCUCCUGAUUGGGUGAGUAGGCUUUACUGAGUGACAAAUGAGUUUCCAUGUUUUCACCACACCAUCUGCUGUAUAUAAAGGUGAAGGGAAGGUAUGAUGGGAAUUUGCUCCAUGUCCAUCUGUUGGCAGGCAUAAUUUGACCAAAGGUGUGUCUGGUUGAUAGGUUCCGAAAGUAACCAAAUGAUCUAAGUGAGACUGUUUGAGUGUGUUGACUGAAAAAAAGAUUACCGGGGAAAUUAAACCUGGCAAAGUUUCUCAGUUCUAAACAUUUGUUUUAAAAGUUUGUUACACAAUAUUACCCCAAUACUGGUAGAGUACGCCAAUGGCAUCUUUUAUGGAAUUGUUUAAACAGCCUUUCUGUAAAGUAAAAAAAAAAAUAAUAAUUGAAACAAACCUACAUGUUUAACGGUCAUUUGUGGGGUUGCUCGGAGAGCUAGUUCUGCUGGAGGGUGGCGGAUUAAUAAAAACGCUGGCACCCCCUGCUGGCAUCUUGUCAUUUCA